AUGCGGGGCACAAUGCAGCAGCCGGCAGCUCGCAGGCGCUCUCAGCGCCCGGCCCGGCCCGGAGCUGGGCUGCAGCGGCUGCAGAGCCACAGGGGCCGCGGCUGCGGCCGCCGCAGGGCUGCCGGAGGCUGCGCUUGUCUCCGCACCUGCUGCCGCACCUCUGGGCAGCGGCGACAGCGCAGCCACAGCUGCCGCCGCCCUCCUGAGCCCCCGCACGGCCGGCACCAGCAGCGACCUCUCUUCGUGUCCCUUUCAGGGUGCCAUCAGCGCGGCUGGAAAGCUGUUCCCGAGGCUGAGCUCCCAAAGGAUCUGCCAGCAGCAGUCCUGAUGUCUCCGCAGCAAGGUAGUCGUCUGUCCACACCGAGGGAUUCCAGGCGUGAGCUGGAAGAGAAUGAAUUCUGCUCCACUCAAGGGAUUGUUAAGAAGUCCCGGCAUCUCCAGGAGGGACCAGCAGCCGCGGUUCCACACUUGCCUGGGGCCCAAGAAGCCUCUUGGCAUAAGCAGGGGGAUGCCACUUGUGAGCGUGCAGUGAGCGCAGAUGUGGAGAAUGGAUUCUGCACCAGGGAUGCGAGUGUGAGGGAGCCCCUGGCUCCCCAGGGCACAGCAGCAACGGGCAAUGAACACAAAAGGAACCUCAGAAGAUUCCUGGGUGAAUGGUUCAGGUGCCAUCCCGUGGGCACGGCGGUGCUGAUUCUGCUGCUCCUGGUGCUGGUGCUGGCUUUGGGGGCGGCCGUGGCUGUGCUGGCAGCACCACAGGUUUCAGCGACUGAGUUUCUGGGCUGUGCCCAUGGCUGGGUGGGCUACAAUGGGGUCUGCUACUACUUCUCGCGGGAUUUCAGCACGUGGGAGCAGGGUCAGGAACGGUGCUCCGAGCUCGGGGCCUCCCUGGCCAUUGCCAAGGAUGAGGAGGCCAUGGAUUUGCUCUUCCGCCUCCGUGGGAACGGCGAUUUCUGGCUCGGGCUGCGCAGACGGGGCGAGCGCCUGCACUGGGGGGACGGCAGCAGCUACAGCUCCCGGGUUCCCGUCUUUGGCAAGUCCCAGUGUGUGUACCUGGCUGAUGAGAGAUUCAAGAGUGGGAACUGCUCCAAUGAGCGGCCGUAUGUCUGCAGCAAGGCCCAAGCUCCCCUGUAACAGGGGCUGCACAAAGGACCUUCUCCACGCUGGGCAGUGCCAGCUUCACCUCUGAGCCCAGCACAGCGCUGUCCUUCCUCAGCUGCGCCCUGUGCCUUGCACUUCCUCUCAGGGUCACCUCAGUGCCUCUUCAUCCCCAGUGCCAGCGCUGGGCUGGGGCUGCAAAGGAAAAGUCUCUGCAAUCCAUCCUGCCACCGAUGCUGCCUGCAGUGAGUGCAUUGCCCUCAUGACACAACAGGCUCUAAUGGCAAAUCCAAAUCUUUCUGGCCUCUUGGAAAUCAUCACAAAGUGGCCAGAAUGUGACACUUUUGGACUGUCUUUGGAAGAGGAGGAAGAACAGCUGACAAGUGCUGAGGAGGAAUCCCACUUUUUGCAUCAGGCACCUGACUUUGAAGAUGAGAGAGAGAGAGCCAACAGCUGACAGACCCUUCCUCAAAGGAGGACAAUCAGGGCUGCUGCCUUGGGGAAGGGAAUUCACUGCCAGUGCCAUAACCCAGUCCAAAGCUGCUUCUUCUGCCUUCUGCCUCAGUCCAUCAAUCAGCCAGGCCUUGCCAUUGCACACUCACCUGGAGAUCCUCAUGUGUGGGACUUGGCCCAGCUGUGACUCAGACUCACCUGGAUUUUACCCCAAAAGAGCCAGGCAUUGGUUUCCAGCCCUGGGAAUCAUUUGUUUAGUUCAGGGCCAGCCUGAGAGUUCCCCCAUGAGCCUUUGGUGUUUUUAUGUUAAGUUGCACAAGUUCUGUUCCCCUAGUGCUUACUUGUUUCCCCCUUAUGGUUACAGUUCCAGAAUGUUCCACCCCUGAGUGUAUCUAUUGUUGCUUCCCCUUUGUUUGGGGUCUCUGGAUCCUGCCCCUCUUAUUGUGCAUGGCUUCCCCACGUUUGUUGUUUCUCACCCUUUAUUAAAGUUCUUUCUGGGCAGCUCCAUCGAACCCGCUCCUUUUCAUUUUCACCACCCUGGCCUGAAGUCAGGGAACCAGAGAGGUUUGUCACAGCCACCCUCACUGUGACACAGAAAAGCCUUUAAAAUACUUU